CCACUGACACAGCCGCGCACACAGCAGCUCAGUAUUGGAGAAUAUAGCUUUCUGAAUAAACGUCUUCCAGCAGGAACACCAUAACAUCACAUUAUUACAUUCAUCACUCAUCAUUUCGCAUCUGGACGUUGAUGAAUUUGCCGAAUCGGUUACCGUAGCGGUCCAAACGAUCGUUAUUGACAUUACUUCCAUCCCUCUCGCAUCCAAAGGCUGAUAUACGCUACAAGAUGGCUGAGCUGAAUUUGGGGAAGGGGCUGACUGCAGGGAAAGUGGCCAGCAACGUGCAGAAAAAACUAACCAGAGCCCAGGAAAAGGUUCUCCAGAAGCUUGGCAAAGCAGAUGAAACCAAAGACGUUGCCUUCGAGGAGGGAGUCAUCAACUUCAACAAACAAUAUGCUGAAGGCAGCAAACUGCAGAGAGACCUGAGGGCCUACCUGGAGGCAGUGAAAGCCAUGCAUGAGUCCUCCAAGAACCUGCAGGCGUGCCUGGCCGAUAUGUAUGAGCCAGAGUGGGAAGGCAAGAAGGAGGUGGAUUCCAUCGUAGAGGACUGUGAUGUGCUGUGGACUGACUACCACCAGAAGCUGGUGGAUCAUGCUCUUAUCUCCAUGGACACAUACCUGGGGCAGUUCCCUGACAUCAAGGCUCGUAUAGCCAAGAGGGACAGGAAGUUGGUCGAUUUCGACAGUGCCAGGCACAACUAUGCUGCCACACACAAGACAAAGAAAAAGGAUGGGGGAAUCAAAAUUACCAAGCCCUCCUCUCUGUUGGAGCGGGCCACUCCAGGUUGGGCCCAGGGUAUCCUGUCUGCUCACAACGUUGCCCAGAGCAGUCUGUCCAGGAGCCAGGCAGAGGAGGAAUUGGAGAGAGCCCAGAAGGUGUUUGAGGAGAUUAAUAUUGACUUGCAAGAGGAGUUGCCUUCACUCUGGAACAGUCGUGUUGGGUUUUAUGUCAGCACCUUCCAGAGUUUGGCUGGAUUCGAGGAGAAGUUCCACAAGGAAAUGAGCCGGUUGGACCAGGAUCUCAAUGACGUCUUGUUGAAUUUGGAGCAAUCAGACACAACAGACAGAAAGACAGGUAACCGCGGUGCCUCAUCAUCAGGAGCGGGCAGGAGUGGCAAAGAGGCAUCUAAUCACACUCUCAGGCCAGGAGGUCCACCCCCCAUCCCCAAGUCUCCAUCCAAGCUGAAGCCAGCAGUGCCUCCUCCUCCCAAGGUGACCCCCUCUAAGGAGCUGAAGACAGAAAACAUCAUUAACCUGUUUGAUGCUGCUACGCCUGACAUCAGCGUCACCUCCCCUACACAGUUUGACAGUCCUGCAGUGAGCAACCUAUUGGAUAUGGACCUGGACUCUCUCAGUGCAGCAACCAAACCCUCCACGGCAGCACAGCCUGCAAACUGGGACUCAUGGCCUGAGGACAGUGAUGCUCAGGAAGAGAACCAGCAGCCCCCUCAGCAGCACUAUGACCCCGUAGCUGCUGCAGCAGAAGGCUGGGGGGAUGAUGGCUCGCAGCCUGUCCGCUACGACCCAGUAGCUGCUGCCACAGAAGGCUGGGGAGAUGACGGAAGCCAGCCAGUUCGCUAUGACCCCAUAUCUGUAGCCAAUGACGGUUGGGGGGAUGAUGGGAGCCAGUCAGUUUCUCACGACCCUGUGGCUACAGCCCAGGAGGGCUGGGGUGAUGAUGGCAGUCUUCCAGUUAAAGAAGAAAUUCCCCCCACGGAAGAUGAAACACCUGCUGCUGAGGCUCCCACCGAGGCCACUGAGGAAGAAGCCCCCCCAGCUGAAGCUCCGUUGGAAAAUGAAGAGGGUCAGGGUGACACCACACCAGCUGAUGCUGCAACUGUGGAUGAAGCAGCAACAGAGGAAACGCCUGCCGUAGCGGCAGAAUCAACUGAAGUAGCAUCAGAGCCACAAGAAAUGCCCCCCAGCUUCAUGUUUAAGGUCCAGGUGAUGCAUGACUAUGCUGCCAAUGACUCAGAUGAGCUGGAGAUGAAGGCUGGAGAUGUUGUGCUAGUGAUUCCAUUUGAUAACCCUGACGAACAGGAUGAGGGCUGGCUGAUGGGGAUGAAGGAGGAUGACUGGCUUCAGAACAAAGAAAACUCCAUUAAAGGGGUAUUCCCUGAAAACUUCACCCAGAGGCUGUGAAAAAGGAGGAGAGAACAUCAUUCCAUCUUCCUUCUUUCUCUCUCUUCUCUCUCUUCUUCCUUUCUUCUCUUGCCCUGAUAUAUCUUUAUUAGGACUUUGGCCAUAGAAGCAGAGCUGUCACUAGCCCUGGUUGAAUUCAUGCAUCUCUAAGGUCUGCUACAUUGUGCUAAAAGUGGAUCUUGGCAUUCCAGUUGAUUUCCGCAACAUUAAUUAAUAAAAUUACAGAUGUAGCCAUUGUACGGGUCCCACUUUUUACUGGUUUGCUGCACUACUGCUGCAUUGUUGCUGCUCCACUCCUAACAAGAGGACUUUAUUAGAAAAUCCUGAUACUACAGGAUAGAUGCAGGGAUGGGGUACUUCUGCAAUGGCUACUGCUGUAGUUAUGUUCUAAUAUUUUGGCAUUAGUGAUUUUUUUUAUCAUGAAUUCGCAGAGACAUUCCACCAACCUUCAUCAGAGAAAAUGUCAAAUUCCAUUUGUUUUUGUCAUUUUGAUGGUGACAGACUAAAAACACGAUGUACAAUUACUAACCCAAUGCCAAGUGUAGCAGAGUAGCCCUUAUAAACAUAUGAGCCCUGAAAUCCCUUUUGUUUAUGAGGGAUAGCGGGCAUAAUUACUAACACCAGACAAACAGUAGAGCACAUAAAGUGAGUAGAAAGUACUCCUUUGUGCUACUGCCCACUCUAGAAACAUUUAUCCAGUAGAUCAAGCCACUUUUAAAAGCCAUUCAGUACCAAAUCAGUAAAUCAGGCCAACAGCAGUAUCCACCAUUCGCUCUGGAAUAUACACCCACAAGUUACCAGCUGAGCAGCAUUAAAACACUGAAGCAGUUUAGAAAUAAGAUGCAGUUGCCCUGAGAGAAAGGAUCUGGAUUUAGCACGAUUUUCUCACUCAUGAUUAUAUUUUUGAAGAAGGUGUGGAAAGCGGAUUUGCAGAUUGCAGCUUCACCCCAAAUAAAUCAUUAAAAGGUCUUCAUUCCACAGCAUCCGUUUUGAAUACUUGAGGUGGGAAACCCUACCUGGAAGAGUGACGAAAGUGUCAAUAUAUCAUGUUUGCUAGCAGUCUUGGAAACAACAGCUGCAGCAAACCUGCUGUCUAGCCUAGCUACACAGGUUGUCAGCCAAAUAUAUGACCUUAAAUUUAUUGCCUUAAAUAUCCUUUGGGAUUUUUGAGAUGAGUGUUUGUCUGAUGCCUGAUGUUGGCAUGAUGUUGCUCCUCCAGGUGGACUUUCCCACUUCAAGUGUAGCUGAAGUUUAAAACAGCUGCUGUGGGAAUGAGGUGCAUCCAGAAGUAACAUAUGUUGGUCACGUUUCUAAGUUUUUGCAUUGGUCAUACGGUUUUAUUAACAAGUGGAGUGCAGAUGAAGGUAAUCUCAUGGACGACAUCUGUAUAAUGGCUUUAUUGCUCUCACACCAUUGCUUCCUGAAAAAUACCAACAAAGAAUAGAUUCAGAGUGGAGGCACUGCUACACUGGCUGCCGUUGUUUGAGACACAUAAAUCACAUCAGCAGCCUGGUAUUUAAAUGAUACAGUUUUCUAGAGUCUGAUUUUUGCUGAUGUCUUCAGGCAGGAAAACCUGUCAGAUGAUUUAAUUUAGAUGUAGAGUUAAACGUUCUCCUGAACCUCUACUAUCCCUGUGCUGUGUUGGUGACAGGAUGGUCAGGUAUAGUGCUUGUUCCCCUGACAGUUGUGCUGAUCUACAGUCUAGUUAGUCCUGGGUUUGUCAGACUGGUGAAUAUCCUGCUAACACAAUGCGUUUGCCUUUUGGUCCCUUAGUCCUUUUUUAAAUGUUUACUUGUGAAAUCUGAGUCUUUACUUGUCGUCUUAGUUUAGAUUUUAUGGAGGUUUGAAUUCUACAAAUCGCUGGUUCAAAUCCAAAUGUAUUCAUAUGCAGUUAAUUGGUCUUCUGACACCAACCUCGUCAAAAGGCUUACCAGAAUCCAAGAAUCCGAUGUAAAAAUCCUUACAGAAUCCACACAGAAACAAGCUUUUAAAGUCCUUUGAAUGGAGCAACAGGAUUGAUUGCUAGGAUAGGACAGUCUGGCAGGAUUUUUUAAAAAUUUUUUUUAUUCUUUUAUGGUUUAAAUUGAAGUCCUGUUUGAUUUGCUUGGACUGGGAAUGUACAUGUAUUUAUUUAUUUAUUUAUUUAUUCAUUUAUUUUUGUCAAGGGAUACUCUUAUGCAUUAGCCAGCCUAGCCGACAAAGCUAGACAAGAGACUACAACAAUGAACAGCUGCUAAUGACAAUACCAUAGCUAGGCAGAUAAACCGUGACAUCCUAUUCUAAUCACAUACACAACAACUGAGCCAGACUCAUUCAUUUUAAAGAAGUGUGCCGAAAAUGUCUCCUGUUUGCAUAGAGAUGACUUAACUUAAAUCCAGAUGUUUCAGAAUAUGCACCAGAGCAACUCCUUUUAUUUUUGUAUGCUGCCAAGCAAUGAUUAUAUAUAACCUAAUGUAACUUAUGUCAGUAUAAUUGCCAACUGAUGUUAUGGAGUGUUUUGUACCCCUGUCAGGUUUGUUGCUCUCAACAUAGUCACAUAGGUAGUUCAAACUGACUUCACACCUGCAUUCAUGUGUUCAUUCAAUCAAUCAUUCACUCAGAAGAGAUUCAUAUUUGAGAUUCAUGAUUACAUGUUAUUCAGAUGUAAUAAGUAUGUGAGUGUGUGUGUGUGUGUGUGUGUGUGUGUGUGUGUGUGUGUGUGUGCGUGCGUGCGUGUGGGUGUGCGUGUGUGAAUAAGUUGCCUGAGAGAAAUAAAUUAUUUAUCUAUGGGCUAUUGUUAUUGGACGAUAUCACCGCCACCCACUUGGGGAUGAUCGUCCACUUUACAGGAAGCUUUUCUGAUUGGAUAAAGACAACUCAGAUGUAUCCGGGUCUUUUUCCACUGGCUGGUAUUACGGUUCCAGGUGUUAUUGUGCAUUUGUUGUGUAUAAGUGUAAUUUUGCAAAUCUGUGAUGACAGAUACAUAUUCUAUAAAGACAUUCAUAUCUGUAUGUGAGUUACUGUGAGCAUGCUGACUUCCCAUGUGUUGUUGUGUGAACACCCUUAAUUUGAGACAAUGAUACUUUGGUGACUUUUUGAGGCAAGAGGAACAGACAAUAUUGGUUUUUACAAUCAUAUUAUAGAUUUGGUAUUAAAGUAGUAGUAUUUUUCUUUUUUAACCUGUUAAGGUAGAUGGUGUCCAGUUGCAUAUUUUCUCCCCCAUUCUCCAUCAAAUCUGUUUUCAUUUGCCAGCCAAAUUGUCCACCUGCCUUGCCUCAAAAUGUUGCCUAUCUAUCAUGGCCCUUACUCUGUUAUUAAACAUGAUGAAAUGGAGACAGGACACAUAAAGACAGAUUUCAAACUAACAGACUCGGGUAUUUCCACAAAAAGUUUCCAGUGUUUGAACCACUUAAGGUGCACACAACUUAAUCUCCAUUGCAUCUGAAAAGCCUCACAUUUGGGAACACCACCUGAGCAUUUAGAUCAAACGAGCAGCUCUCACAUUGUUUUCAAAUAUUUGAAACUUGGUGUCGGUUUUACCUGGGUCUGGCUCUCUACUCGUCUUCAUGGAAAAGUCUCCUGAGAUAAACAAUGGAAUAAGACGAAAAAGUUUUUCCUGUACCUAACUGACCGAUAACAAUAAAGAUGAUUUAGAAUCUCUU